UGAAAGCGGGUUGAGGGAACUAAGACAUUGCCCUGAAGAGAAGCUGGAGAACAGCCCUGGAGCUCUGUCUGCACUAGGUAAAGGACAGCCCAUCACGCCUCUUGCUUUAACCAAAAAACGUCCCCCCAAACCCUGGAGAUACACUGGUGGUUGAACUGAUUUUCCAGAGGCAGCAUGGACAUCAAGGAGUAUUUCACCAGGAUUUCUUACCAGGGCUCCUAUGAUAAACCGGACUUGGCUACCUUGACAGAUAUAUUCCAGCAUCACAUCCGAGCGGUCCCUUUUGAAAACCUCAGCAUCCACUGUGGGGAGGGCAUUGAGCUGGGCCUGGAAGUGACUUACAACAAGAUAGUGAGGAAGAAACGUGGGGGCUGGUGUAUGGAAAACAACUACAUUUUGUCCUGGGUCUUGAAAACCCUUGGCUAUGAUGUCACCCUUCUGGGAGCAAGAGUUUAUGUCCCCGAGUACGGUGCAUAUGCAGAUGAAAUGGACCAUUUGCUGCUAAAAGUGGUGCUUGACGACAAACCGUACAUUGUGGAUGGUGGGUUUGGGAUGGUCUACCAAAUGUGGGAGCCCAUGGAGCUGAUUUCGGGGAAAGACCAGCUGCAGACUCCUGGGGUCUUUCGCUUCCUGGAGGAGAGCGGGGUCUGGUACCUGGAGAAGGUGAAAAGGAAGCAGUGGGUUGUCAACCAUAGUGACUCCACUUCCCAUAACGAGGAAAAAGAAGUUUGCCGUCAGAUUUAUCUCUUUACCCUUCAGCCAAGAGACAUAGAAGAAUUCAGAGCCUGCAACAUCCACCUGCAGACUGCGCCGAACUCCCUGUUUGUGACAAAGUCUUUCUGCAGCCUGCAGACCCCUGACGGCGUCCGGGCUCUGGUGGGGUGGAAACUCACUGAGAUGAAGUACAAUUAUAAGGAUAAUAUGGAUCUGGUGGAAAUGAGGAACCUUGCAGAUGAAGAAAUAGAGAACACACUGAAAGAGAAAUUCAAUAUAACACUAGACAAGAAAUUAGUACCUGUCAAUAGAAGCAGGUUGUGUAUGUUUUAAUUUACUGCCUGAAUUAUAAUUCAAUCCAGUGGCAUUACUUGCAAUCCUUCCCCCUGUUUCUGACAAGCAUCUAAAGGUUUUCUCUUUCUAUCUAUACUGGUGUAAGGCAGAACAUAUUAGCAUGAAGCUGGAAAAGAAAUUGAUUUUCACAACUGCUCCUGCAUCUCUUUUUGGUUUGGGUACAAAUAAUUUCUUCCUAGCUCAAUCAAACCACUCUCCUUCUGUUUGUGCUUAGCUGGAAGCAGACUCUGCCCAUUCCCUACUCCUUUCAUCUCUUAAAAGCUUUUCCAAAUGCACCUGGAGUAGCAGAGCUGAGUGAUGGACCUGUAUGGCUCUUCAUUACUUUGUGCUGCCAUCUGGGGAAAAAAUCAUACCCACCUCUUAAAUGAAUACCAUAUUAUUUUUGAAUUUAAUAGAAAAACAAAGCCAUCCAGUGCCAAGUUUGCUCCAGUUAGGCCAUAAGCCUGUGCUUUUUGCUCUUGUGUUCACAACACCCUCUCACACUACAGUCAGACAGUCCCACACCUGUGUUGCGCUGUGUGAAUACUUACAGACUGGCUAUUUAUGGCCUAAAACUGAUGAUGAAGAAUAGUAACAGACAAUUCUGUCUUGUUUCAGACUGGGCACAAUUCCUGUUCUCUGACAUAACCAAACAGCAGUAUUUCUUCAAACUGAAAGCAUCUCCCCUGCACUUUGUUUGCUGCCACCCAGCAGCUCACAGCUGGGAAUACAUCGUCCUCUCGCAAAACUCUGCUGCAAGUGUUAUCGCACAUUAAUUAUUGUGGCUGAACUCAAACACAUGUGCAGAAUUAUUCUUCUGAAAUGUAUCUGUUCUACUGGGGCUGUGUUUGAAGUGAUACUAAUUAUAUUGAUACAAGGAGAAAUGACGAAUCUUAAUCAGAUACCUAAAGGCUAAGAUUUUUAGUAUGAUAAAUUACUCAAAUGUAAUCACUUCGCCCUUUGAGAUGAUGCUUGAUGUUCCUUUAUGUACAAAUUAUGGAAACAUUACAACUAUGCACUUAUAAUUAAGUAAAUUAUAGAAGUGAAUUACAAUUAAAAAAAAUCAAGAAUCAUGAAGUAGAAA